CUUUCAAUCCUUUCCAAACCCCUCCUUCCCUUGUCCACUAUCCCCUGUCUUUCUACUUUCUUCCUUUCUUUGUUACCCUUUUUAUGACUCUCCAUUUCCCCCCUUCUCCCUGACAGCAUCUUCUCUUCUUUCAUUCCCAUUCCCUCCAUGGAUCCCAGAUUUUUUGUUCGUCUUUCAUUAAUUCCAUUAAAUGUUGUUUAAGGAAAUUUUGGUCUCAUUAAUUAUGGUCUUUCCGCUUUCGUCUUCCUUUUCUGAAAAGGAAAAUCGAGUCCACAUGUGGAGUUUGAUGAUUAAAGCACUACUAUAAGUCUAUAAUUCUAUAAUUCCGUGCUCUGUUCAUCACAGAGAGAGAGAAGAAGAACCUUCGACCUCUUUAUCGAUCGGAGUGAUUCUUUUCUUAAUCUCUGCAAUGGAUGAACAGUUAUCUUUGUAUUCUCAAUUUCCCCAUUUUUAAUUUCCUUGAUUUUCGCUAAUCAAUUUACUUAAAUUUAAAAAUCCGAUCUUUCUUUCUUUCUUCCAUUUCUGGCUUUUUUUUUUUUGUGAAGAAAUAAUGGGGUGUGCGAGUUCGAAGCAGAGAGUGUGCCGGAAAUGCCAAUCGGCGUAUUCUCCGGUGCGGCGGAGUCACUCGAUGCACUGGCAUCACGUGCCGCCGUUGAAUGACGUGGAAAGUGAUCACGUGGUGGCUCUCACUUCCUCCACCCUUGGAUCUUUGUUGCUGGAUCCUCUGAAUCAGAAUUCCGGCGAAGAACACGACGGGAUUACCGUCCAGGCCCGUGAAGAAGCCCCGUUUGAUACUGUAAAGACGGAAGCGAUGACGUGGUCUCAGAUGAUCGAUAAGAAGAUCGCUAGAACUCCGGCCGGCGAGCCGGAGACGAUUAAUGCGUGGGAGUUGAUGGAGGAUCUUGAAGAUAUUACUCCUCUGAAGCCUUGUAGCCGCCAUGGCCGUAGCUUUUCCUUCCAUGUUUCUCCCAAUCCGAUGUUUUAUCAUCCCCCCGUUCUGACAACGAAAGACGACACAGAAGCUUCCUCGAAGCAACAAUGGUCGGAGGUCGCCGAUAACGAGUCAAAUUCGACGUCGGCUUCAUCCGUCGGCUUCGCAUCGGAGUUUGACCCAGAAGUGAUCGCAACUUUCAGAAAAACGCUCGCCGAGCUCCCGCCGGCCACUCCGUUCCGUCUCAAACCACUAGUUCCCGACACCAUUGAUAACGGCGAAGUGAUCACCCUACACUAUGCUUCCGAGGACGCGAAAUCACCUGAGAGCGGUAAAAACAGAGUGAUCGUCUACUUCACCAGCCUCCGUGGAGUGAGGAGGACGUACGAGGAUUGUUGCUACGUACGAACAAUUCUACAGGGACUAGGAGUCAAAGUUGACGACAGGGACGUGUCAAUGCACUCCGGCUUCAAAGACGAGCUAAAAGAGCUUUUAGGCGAAUCCUACAACGCCGGCGGCCUGCCCAGAGUGUUCGUCGGAAAAAAUUACAUCGGCGGAGCGGACGAAAUCCGGCGAAUGCACGAGGACGGGCAGCUGGAGAAGCUCGUCGAAUUCUGCGAAACGGCGGCCGAAACCGCCGCCGCCGGCGGCGGAAUAAGCGGCGGUUGCGAGGCAUGUGGCGAUAUAAGGUUUGUGCCAUGUGAGACAUGUUCAGGGAGCUGUAAAAUCUACUGUGAAGGUGGCAAUGGUGAAGAAGAGCAACAAGAGUUUGGGUUUCAACGCUGCCCAGAUUGCAAUGAAAAUGGACUGAUUAGAUGUCCAAUUUGUUGCGAUUAAUGUUAACCAACAACGCUAUUUUUUCCGAAUUACAUGGAGUUUUGUUGGUUGUCUGUAUGUUGUGCAGAAGUUUUGAAAUGUUAAUUACAAAGAUUUAUGAAUUGAAACAAGUUUAAUUACAGGUAUAAAUGUACUAUACUAAAUACCAUCAAUGCACCAUUUUCUGAUUAGUAGCAAUGUAACAUGUAUCUAUUGUGUGUGUGUCA